UGAGCAAUAGCCAUCUUCCAAUGAGAUCUACUGAGCGAACUCAUGCAGUGCAAUGGAGAGGAGGAAGACAAGGAAGAGCUGGGAAACUUGCGAGAUAUUGAAGGCGUCAGUCCAGAGGGGACGCCCUGCACCUUGUGCCGCAGACCUUUGCAGCCGCUGGAGCAAAGGCUGAGACACCUCCCCGAGCGUCCCCUGUGCAACGCGUGUUGCUUUAGAGAGAUGGACCCCUUCAAGCCUGUCCGUGAGUUGGAGCAUGUGAUGUUCAUGGCCGUGCUGCCGGGUCGGCAGCUCACCUUUGAUUUGGAGGUGGCCGAUUUGCGGCAGUGGCGCAAGGACGGCUUCGAAGUGGAACUGAGGGGCCUGCGAAGGCGGCGCGUGUCGGAGUCGCAAGGCCUCCAACAGGUCUGGCCCAGCUUUCUCAGCGUGGAAGUGAACGGACACGAGGUCUUCACCACCAAGGUGCCCUUGAGGGGGCACAAACGUCGAGAUGUGCCUCAAAGCCUUUCUGCCAAUCUCCGGCGCGGGAGCAACACCGUGGAGAUCACUGCGGAGGAUGAACGAAGGCGCGACUACAUGCUGGCAGUAGUGAGGACUUUUCCGGUUCGGCCCAAAGAUUUGGCACCACUCGUUCCUGAGGAUGGAUACCAGGAGUGUCUUCAUCGCAUCCAAAUGUUGUUGCAAGAAUCCGUUGCGCAAGGCAAGGCUCAUCAUGGCGUAGAUGGCGUUGAACGUGUUGGAGACGAGCGGUUGAAAUUGCAGUGCCCGGUGACGCUCAUGCGGCCAAGCACAGCGGUCAGAGGUGUUGACUGCCGUCAUUUUCAGUGUAUGGACCUGGAUCCUUACCUCAUCUCCAACUAUCGAAUGAAAGCUUUCAACAGCCGCUGGCGCUGCCCCCUUUGUAGCCUUGACCUGAGGCCGAAGGAUUUGAGGAUCGAUAGCUUUGUUCAGAUGUUGCUGAAGGAGACAGAACCAGAAGUGGAAGAGGUGCUUCUCUUUCCGGAUGGAACGUGGGAAAAGGGCGCGCCUGUUCCGCAGACGCGCACUCCCAGCUCCUCGCCAUCGCCACAACCGCCAGCGAGACCGCUCGCCCAGGCCAAAGGGCCUGGUCGGCGAGCGAGGCCGAGGCCGAAAGCUUCAGGAGUCACGGCUCCACGUGGGCGGAAGCGUCGGAAGGGGCUGCUGCCCAUUGGUGUGCUGCCAGUGGCAGGACCAGCUCCUCCACCCAAGAGACGACGUCGCCUUCGCGAUGACCGAAGCAAUGGCACAGCACUUGCAAAUCAUCAGCGAUCAGAGGCCUUGGCCCGGCGCCGCAGCCCGGCGCGGGCACCGAUUGCGCUGCGCCCCGUGCGGCGGGUGCCUGUGGCGCAGCGCCGCGCUGCGGUCAUUGCGGCAGGGCCCAACAAAAGUGUGGGUGUCGAUUCGGAUGCCUCCCCCGAGAUGGUGUCUGACUCGGAUGCAGAGCCUGUGGAGGAUUUUGGCUUUCGCCGUAGAGAUUCUUGCAACAACCACAGAGACCUUCAAGCAGAUCACCAGCAACAGAUUAGCCGCCUGACACGGGACAUGAUCGCUUUGCGAUGGCAGCUCCUACUCUUGCUCCUGGUUGGGACGACUGGAGAUGAGAUCUCGGUGGUGGUCAGCAAGAAGGUCUUCGAAAAGCGAUUUCAAGGACAUAGCUACGACAAGUGGAGGGACUUUGUGAAGGCAGCAGGAGAACAAGACAACCCAGGAGGAGAAGCCAGACUGAAGGCUGGUUUCACUCUUCUGUUUGCGGCAAGCGCCACAGUGACGGUUGGCACCAUCAUUCACUAUGUGAUUGGAAAGGAGUUUGCUGCACCUUGCACGGCAUGGGUGGUGAUCCUGAUCCUGCUGAUGUAUGCCGCGGCGGUUUUCGUCUAUUGCAUGGCCACAUAUGCAGAUCCUGCACAGCGAGUUGUGACGAACCUUCUGUUUGGGCUGGUACCUUGGUGCGUUUCCUGUGCAAGUUACCUGGUGGCCGUGCAGCUCGUGGAUGCUUGCAGGGGCUUGCGAAACAUGACACAUGAACCCAUCGCAGAGGCACCGGAACCGGAGCCACCCCAGUCGAUUGCAUGGCUCACCGGAGGCCGUCGAAGCAGCUCGGUCCAAGACUUGCAACUUAGUCUGGAAGACUUCAGCUGUGAUCUUCGUUUCGGCCUGCUCUUGGCAGUCCUGCCAUCGCUGGGCAUCUCGAUUUGGUUCACCCGGAGCUACGCCACGGGAUUCACAGGUGUUGGAACCUUUUUCGAUGUGCUUGCCCUUUGCCUGUUUGUGGAUGUUUGGCGACUUGUGAUGCACACUUCCCUGCUGCUGGCUCCUUCAUGGACUUUCCCAAAGAGGCUGAGCCAGGACAAUGCAGACGUGCCUGGCUUGUUCAAGCUCACCUUCCUGUUGUGUGUUGCCUGGCUUGUGGCUUUGGUGCUGAUGAAGCGGCAUGCCACUGGUGUGGGGUUCACGGACCCCAUCAAGAUCCACGUCUUGGCAUGCCUUGCAUCCUAUGUUUUCUUUUUUGUCUCCCUGGUGCUUGCAAUGCAUUACAACGCAGCCAUUUUCAAGGAGCGUCUGAAUUUUCAGCCAAAUGCGCUGACUGCCACAUUUCUGUGCAUGGUGUGGGCAAUAGCCGCUUGCAUGCUGCUCACAGCCACCAUUUUCAAUGCGACGGAGCCAAACACCAUCGGAAUCCUUGCGAUGGUGGCAAGUAUCCUCCACGCGGCCUCCACCUUCUCAGAUUCGGUGCCUGGAUGUAUAGCAAUGAUGGUGGCGUCGACAGUCAUGACGUCGAUGUUUGUCCUCUUCUCCGUGCACUACGCGGCAGAAGUGCGCGACGCCAUCGGAUAGCCACGACACAACGAGGCGCGAGGCACGAUGAGGCACGAUGAGGGACGAUGAGGCACGAUGCAAGAAACGCGAGAAUGCCCAGUCCACUCUAAUUGAGCACUAUUCAGAAUUUCUUUCAUUUGCAAAUCUUUGAAUUUAUGUUCCAAAUGAAUCCAAAUGAUCAAAUAUGAUCGAAUAUGAUCAAACUGUACAAUACUUGGAGCAUUGCAAUGCGCAUGUCUCACUUGAAGUUGGAGCCAGGCAACUUAAAUGUCUGCGAUGGCUAGGCGGUGCUAGGUGUAUUUUUCAUCGCUCAUAUUUUAAAUGGUGUUCAAAC